AUACACAAAAAUGGCCCAACUAGCUGCUGCAGAUGAUGCUGGGUCCCUGCGCGUUGAAUUAGCAGAGAUUGGACGGAGCUUGAGGUCAUCUUUCAGAAACUAUUCAAGCUUCCGGAGCGAAUCCAACGUGCACUCUGCAAGACAAUCUGAGGAAGAUGAAGAGCUGCUCCACUGGGCAGCCAUUGAAAGAUUGCCGACUUUCGAAAGGUUAAGGACGUCGGUUUUUUAUAUCGAAGACGACCAUCAUGGAGAAAAUAAUAAAGGAAAGAGGGUGGUGGAUGUUACGGAUCUUGGAGCAAUUGAGAGGCACCUCUUUAUUGAAAAGUUGAUCAAGGAUAUAGAGGAAGACAACAGAAAGCUACUGUCGAAGCUGAGGAAAAGACUAGAUAAGGUUGGUAUAAAGUUGCCAACAGUGGAAGUGAGGUACAAAAAUCUCUCAGUGGAUGCCAAAUGUGAAGUGGUUGAUGGGAAGCCCCUACCAACGUUAUGGAAUGCGACCAAAAGCAUUGCUUCUGAUUUGCUAAGAGUGGCAGGAUUGAAGCCGCGAGAAGCAAAUAUCAGCGUCAUCAAAGAUGUCAGUGGAAUUAUCAAGCCAUCAAGGCUGACGCUUCUGAUGGGCCCACCUGGUUGCGGAAAGACCACCUUGCUUCUCGCACUGGCGGGAAGAUUAGAUAAAUCUCAAAAGUUGACUGGUGAUAUUUCAUACAACCAGUAUAGGUUGGACGAAUUUGUUCCACAGAAGACGUCUGCUUACAUUAGUCAAUAUGACCUUCACAUUCCAGAGAUGACAGUGAGAGAAACCCUUGAUUUCUCCGCUAGGUGCCAGGGCGUGGGAAAGAAAUCUGAGAUGAUGGCAGAACUUCAUCGAAGAGAAAAACAAGCUGGAAUCAUCCCAGAUCAUGAUAUAGACGUAUAUAUGAAGGCUACAUCAAUUGCGGGGUCAAAGAGAAGUCUGCAGACAGAUUACAUUUUGAAGAUCCUUGGAUUGGACAUAUGCUCUGACACCAUUGUGGGUGAUGUCAUGAGAACAGGCAUCUCUGGUGGACAGAAAAAACGGUUAACUACAGGGGAGAUGAUUGUGGGGCCCACAAAGACUCUAUUUAUGGACGAGAUAUCGACUGGAUUGGAUAGCUCGACUACAUUCCAGAUAGUAACAUGUCUUCAACAAUUUGUACACAUCACAGAUGCCACAGUGUUGAUAUCUCUGCUCCAACCAGCUCCGGAGACAUUUGACGUCUUUGAUGAUCUCAUAUUGAUGGCAGAGGGCAAGAUUGUUUACCAUGGUCCUCGUGUUCACGCUCUUCAGUUCUUUGAGGAUUGUGGUUUCAAGUGCCCACAAAGGAAGGGUGCUUCUGAUUUCCUCCAAGAGGUACUAUCUAGAAAGGAUCAAGCACAGUAUUGGUUCCGAUCAGAACCAUAUGCUUAUGUAUCAGUAAACCAGUUUGUGGAGAAAUUCAAGGCAUCAGAUAUUGGUCAGAAACUAUCAAGGGAACUUCUGGGACAACUUGAUGAGUCUCAAAGCCAUAAAGAUGCAGUCUCCUUCAGUAUCUACUCCCUAAGCAAAUGGGAACUUUUGAAGGCUUGCAUGAGCAGGGAGAUGUUAUUGGUGAGGAGGAACUCCUUUGUCUAUAUCUUCAAGACUGUUCAGCUUUCUGUCGUAGCAAUUAUCACCAUGACUGUGUAUCUGCACACAAAGAUGCAUGUCACAUUGAUGGGGGCAAACAACUAUAUGGGUUCUAUGUUUUUUUCCAUCAUGAUGCUCAUCGUCAAUGGUUUUCCAGAAUUAGGAAUGACAGUCCUCAGGCUCCCUGUGUUCCAUAAACAAAGGGACUUUUACCUCUAUCCUGCUUGGGCAUAUACCUUGACUGCAGCUAUAUGGAAGAUCCCACAUUCUCUGAUUGAGUCUUUCAUCUGGACAGGGCUUACCUACUAUGUGAUUGGAUACAGUCCUGAGAUAGAAAGGUUUUUGCGACAGUUCCUCCUCCUCUUUGCUGUGCAUCAGUUUGCAGCUUCUCUCUGCCGCUUCCUUGCCUCUAUUACCCAAACCUUGGCUGCUGCAUUCAUGGCUGGAAUUUCUACUUUACUAGCAAUGUCACUGUUUGGUGGCUUCCUUAUUCCUCGAUCUUUCAUGCCAGUUUGGUUGAAAUGGGGAUUUUGGAUAUCUCCAUUGACCUAUGCUCAGAUAGGAAUUUCUGGCAACGAAUUCCUUGCUCCAAGAUGGAGAGAGGUUUCAUCUGCAAAUACCAGUGUGGGACAUCGGGUUUUGACAAGCAGUGGCCUUGAUUUUCCUGGUUAUUUCUACUGGGUAUCAGUGGGAGCUCUUUUUGGCUUCACAAUACUUCUCAAUGUUGGAUUCACGCUAGCCUUGACAUAUAUGAAGUCUGCUGGGAGGGGUCGUGCUAUUAUUUCUAGAGAAAAACUCUCUCAACUGCAGGAGAAGGAAGGAGGCAGCCAGCCUAUUAGCAUUAAGGAGCACAAAAGAGCUGGAAAUAUGGUGCUGCCUUUUGAGCCAUUGUCUAUAGUAUUUCAAGAUGUACAGUACUUUGUCGAUACUCCUCAGGAAAUGAGAAAUCAAGGCGUGACAGAGAAGAAACUUCAGCUGCUUAAAGACAUAACAGGUGCUUUCAGGCCUGGCGUUCUUACCGCACUCAUGGGUGUUAGUGGAGCAGGGAAGACAACUCUUAUGGAUGUUCUUUCUGGAAGAAAAACUGGUGGCAUAAUUGAAGGAAACAUCUGGAUUGGAGGGUAUCCUAAGGUUCAGGAAACAUUUGCUAGGGUAUCUGGUUACUGUGAACAAACUGAUAUUCAUUCUCCACAGAUUACUGUUGAAGAAUCAGUUAUCUACUCAGCAUGGUUGAGAUUAGCCCCUGAAAUCGAUCAGAAUACUAAAAGGGAAUUCAUAAAUGAAGUACUGGAAACCAUUGAACUUGAUGGAAUUAAAGAUGCAUUGGUUGGCAUUCCUGGUUUAACUGGUCUCUCAACAGAGCAGCGAAAACGCUUAACUAUCACAGUUGAACUUGUUGCAAAUCCAUCUAUAAUAUUCUUGGAUGAGCCCACUUCAGGCUUAGAUGCAAGGGCAGCUGCUAUUGUUAUGCGUGCAGUGAAGAAUGUGGUUCAUACUGGAAGAACAGUAGUAUGCACAAUCCAUCAGCCAAGUAUUGAUAUAUUUGAGUCCUUUGAUGAGUUAAUGGUGAUGAAACCCGGUGGUCAAAUAAUCUAUGCUGGGUCACUUGGUAGGCACUCUAGUCAUGUUAUUCAAUACUUUCAGGGGAUAUCUGGUAUUCCCAGGAUAAAAGACAACUACAACCCUGCAACAUGGAUGUUGGAAGUUACUACUAAUUCAAUGGAAAGGCAGCUUAACAUAGAUUUUGCUCGACUUUACGAGGAGUCAUCUAUCUAUCAGAGAAACAAAGAACUAGUUAAGCAAUUGAGUACACCAUCCCCAGGCUCAAAUGACUUGAGCUUCCAAACUGUAUUUCCACAGAAUGACUGGGGACAGUUCAAGGCCUGCCUCUGGAAGCAGUAUCUAUCAUAUUGGAGAAAUCCUUCAUACAACUUGUCUCGUAUUGCAUUCGUACUCAUCACUUCUUUUCUCUUUGCUGCACUCUUUUGGAAGCAUGGACAAAAAAUCCAUACCCAGCAGGAUCUGUUCACCAUACUGGGGUUGUUGUUCUCACAGACGAUCUUCCUAGCCAUAAACAGCUGCAUGACAGUUCAUCCUGUGGUAGCAACUGAAAGGAUAGUCAUGUAUCGGGAAAGAUUUGCUGGAAUGUACUCUGCACAUGCUUAUUCAUUGGCACAGGUUGCCAUUGAAAUUCCUUGUGCAUUGAUCCAAGCAGUCCUGUUUUGGAUCAUCACAUACCCUUCAGUUGGUUACUACUGGACUGCUUAUAAGAUCUUCUGGUACAUCUUUUCAACAUUUUCUAUGCUACUAUACAGCAGUUAUCUUGGGAUGCUGGUGGUUUCGUUAACUCCAAAUGUUAUGGUUGCUGCUAUCCUGCAAUCUGUUUUCAGCAUAGUACUGACUCUGUUUUCUGGCUUCCUGAUACCUGGAAAACAAAUUCCAAAGUGGUGGAUAUGGCUGUACUGGAUUAACCCUACAAAUUGGACUCUCCGUGGACUAUUUACUUCACAGUAUGGUGACAUAGAGAAGGAGAUAGACAUAUUUGGAGAAAAAAAGGCAGCCGGUUUGUUCCUGAAGGAUUAUUUUGGCUUUCGACAUGAUCAGUUGGGUGUGGUUGCAGCUGUUCUCGUUGCAUAUUGUGUUGUCUUCGCUUUUUUGUUUGCUUAUUGUAUAUCGAAGCUGAAUUUCCAGAGAAGAUGAUUUCUGCUUCCUGGAUGACUGUUAGUUCUUCAAAUAGGUUCAUGUUCCGCUCUAUCUGUCUUAAGUCUUGUUUGCAAGUAUUAGCAGCAGACCAACUCCUCUAAAUGGGGAUUGUAUGUGGUGCAUGCAGUUGUUCUUUCUUGCAGCUCUGUUGUGGAUAUUGAACCUUCUUACGCCUGUGUUACAAUGACACAGACCUGAACCAUCAA